CCUAGUUCUCUUCCAAAUCCCUCACAUUUCAAAGCCCUUUUUCUUUUUCCGCCUCAAAGGGUUUUCGGAGGUUUUCUCAGCCAUGGCUGCAUCUGAGGAAGCUCCUGCUGCAGAAACCUCAGUUUCAGAACUUCAAGAAGCCCUACAAGUGGAAGAAGGAAAUACCACAAUGAAAGAAUCAUCCCCUGUCGUUGAGACUCUAAAAGAAGAAUCCAUCAUAACGAAAGAAUCCCCUGCUGAAACGACGGUCGAUGAAACGCUAACAACGGAAGAAGAUGCCACGAAGAGAGAAACCCCUGCUGAGGCGGCGAUCGAAACCCCAAAUAAGGAAGAGGAAGCUACUGCAGCGAAUGGAUCGUCUGCUGCGCCAGUUGAUGAAACCGUGGCAACGGAAGAUGAUGCCAUAGCGAAAGAGUCGUCCGAUGCGGCGGUUGCAGAAACCCCAACUAAGGAAGAGGAAGCUACUGCAGCGAAUGGAUCAUCUACUGCGCCAGUUGAUGAAACCAUAAUGGAAGAAGAUUCCACAGCGAAAGAGUCGUCCGAUGCGGCGGCCGUCGAAACCCCAACUAAGGAAGAGGAAACUACUGCACCAAAUGAAUUGUCUGCUGCGGCAGUUGAUGAAACCAUAGCAACGGAAGAAGAUGCCACAGCAAAAGAGUCAUCCGAUGCAGCGGUUGUCGAAACCCCUACUAAGGAAGAGGAAGCUAUUGCAGCAAAUGAAUCAUCUUCUGCGCCAGUUGAUGAAACCAUGGCAAAGGAAGAAGAUGCCGCCGUGAAAGAGUCAUCAGAUGAGGCGGUCGGCGAAACCCUAGCUAAGGAAGAGGAAGCUACUGUUGCAAAUGAGUCCUCUGCUGCACCGGUUGAGGAAGCCAUAGAAAUGGAGGAAGAUGUCACAGCGAAAGAUUCAUCUGCUGCAGCGGUCAUUGAAACCCUAAGUAUGGAGGAGGAAGCUACUGCAGCUAAUGAGUCCUCUGCUGCUCCGGUUGAGGAAAUCGUAGCAACGGAAGAAGAUGACACAGCGAAGGAGUCAUCUGCUGUGGCAGUCAGCGAAACCCUUACUAAUGAAGAGGAAGCUAUUGCAGCAAAUGAAUCAUCUGCUGCGCCAGUUGAUGAAGCCGUUGCAAUGGAAGAAGAUGCCACAGCAAAAGAUUCAUCUGCUGCAGCAGUCGUUGAAACCCUAACCGUGGAAGAGGAAGCUACUGUAGCAAACGAAUCAUCUGCUGCGCUGGUCGAUGAAACCAUAUCAAUGGAAGAAGAUGCCACAGAGAAAGAUUCAUCCACUGCACCGGUUGUUGAGACCCUUACUAAGGAAGGGGAAACUACUGCAGCGAAUGAAUCCGUUGCUGCGCCGGUCAAGGAGACUAGAGCAAUGGAAGAAGAUGCCACAGCGAAAGAUUCAUCCACUACGGCAGUAGUUGAAAUCCUAACCAAGGAAGAGGAAACUACUGCAGCAAAUGAAUCCUCUGAUGCCCUGGUCAAUGAAACCAUGGCGAUGGAAGAAGAUGCCACAGCGAAAGAGUCACCCACCCCCCCAAUUGGUGAAACCCUAGCUCCGAGUGUUCAGAUGUGCGGAAAUUCGUCUAAUGGCAGCAGUGGAGAUUCUUCCCUUCUGGAGGGAGAAGAUAGGGAGAAAACCCUAGAUUAUGCUGAUGAGUUGAUGGAGAAGGGAUCUAAGGCCGUUAAAGCUGGGGAUUAUGUUGAGGCUGUCGAUUGCUACAGCCGUGCUGUUGAAAUCAGGGUUGCACAUUAUGGUGAACUUGCGCCAGAAUGUGCCAGUGCAUGCUUCAAAUAUGGUUGCGCAUUGCUUUACAAAGCCCAAGAAGAAGCUGAUCCAUUGGUCAGUGUACCGAAGAAGGAAUCUAGUUCACCUAGGAACUCUGAAGCAGAUAAGAUUGUUAAGAGUGGGGACAAUAGUGAAGCUUCUGUAGCUGCUGUUUCGAGUGAUGCUAAACAAGAAAUUGUUAAGAGCGGGGACAAUAGCGAAGCUUCCAUUGCUGCUGUUUCCAAUGAUGCUAAUCAAGACUCUGGUUCUGGUCUCAAUGAUGGAGAAGCAGAGCAAGAUGCUGGCGACAACAAUCAUGAAGAUGACAACGAGGGAAGUGAAGGUGAUGGUGAGGAUAUUGCAGAAGCAGAAGAAGAUGACUCUGAUUUGGAUCUGGCAUGGAAAAUGCUGGAUGUUGCAAGGGCAAUUGUGGAAAAGCAGCCGGGUGAUUCAAUGGAGAAAGUGGAUAUCUUGUCCGCUUUGGGAGAGGUUUCUUUGGAAAGAGAGGACAUUGAGACGUCAUUAAGUGACUAUCUUAAAGCUCUAUCCAUCCUGGAACGACUUGUUGAACCAGACAGCCGCCGCAUAGCUGAACUAAAUUUUAGGAUAUGCUUGGUGCUAGAGGUGGGCUCAAAGGCUGAAGAAGCUGUCCCGUAUUGCCAGAGGGCUAUAGCAGCAUGCAAGGCUCGACUGCAGCGACUUACAGAUGAUGUGAAGAGUUCUGCGAGUUUGGCAGCGACAAUCGUCGAUACGAGUUCCACGGCUGACUUGAGUCAGAAAGAAAAGCAGUCAGAUGGAACCCAGCCUGAUUCUUCCAUCUCGGAGAAGGAAGAAGAGAUUGAGACACUCAGAGGUCUCUCUAGUGAGUUAGAAAAGAAGCUUGAAGACCUGCAGCAGAUUAUCCUAAACCCGAAGUCAGUAUUUUCGGAAGUUCUGAAAAUGGUUGCUGCGAAGUCAACAGGCGGUGAGAAAAGUGGAUCCUCUUCGAUGGAGCCGGGGCCAAACUCUUCGCAGAUAGGUGUCAUAAGUGGUGGUUUUGACUCUCCGACUGUUUCUACUGCUGCUACCAAUGGCAGCAUCACACACCUUGGUGUUGUAGGGAGAGGCGUCAAGCGUGCUGUAGUGAACCCAGUCAGCGGGGAACCUCCUGCAAAGAAGCCCUCUUUGGAAUUGACUGAGGAGAAAGAGAGCAGUAUUUCUGAAGUGUCAGUUGAGGCUGGAGGCGUUGCAUGAGGCCACGCUAGCGAGAGAUGUUCUGACAUUUGGUGAUAUGAUUCUACAGUAAGUUGGAUUUUCGGUCCAUUUUUGAAAGUUUUUGGUGUGUGCGUCUGAUUACACACGUGUCGUUUCCUACAAGCGAACUCUCUGUUCUAUAGUCCAGUCUCUACAAACUUCAACCUACUAUUUAACUGUUGUGAGACGGUCCCUUUGUGGGCUACCGUAUGAAGAUCUAAAUCAUAAAAUUCGUGUGAAGCUUC